AUGAUCACAACAACUGGCGGUAUCUUCCUUGACCGCGCGCCUCUCUGCCCACCCCCACUCACCAUCCAGAAGAAGUCGCGUAAAGCUACAUUCCGACGUCGGAUAUUCCGUAAGUCGACCCCUACCUACAGCGACGACCAGUAUGUGUUCGGACCGUUAGACGACAUCAUCGACGAGAUCAAAAGCGAUAUUUGGGAGUCACCGCCCGAUCAUAGCUUCAACUCGUUUGUCUUUGACUGGGCGCGCCCGCUCAAGGCACCGUGGUCGUGGAGUGUUACACCUCUGCCCGUCAGCCGCACUCCAAGCGACUAUCCUCUGACGAUACGUAAGAACAGAAAUAGUCGCUCUUCGGCGUCGGACUCAAGCUUUGGAGAUCCGAUGGCGCACUCGUGCAACAACAGUCACGACGAGCCUGAAAAUGGCGGCCCGGUACGUUCUUUGUAUACCACUGCGUUUCCUCCUUGGUUCUUGAUCGACGCGCCGCCGAACCAGGCUGUGCAUGCACCCGAACCCCCUGCUUUCACUGCUGGUGCUGAAUACAUGAGUGUACAACAGGCUCUCGAGAGGGUGAUCAGCAAUCUCGAACCCCCGAGGCGGCGUAUGUCCAAGCUGCGGCUCUUUACGAGCGGCCUGCCCCUCUUACGUCGCCAGAACACCGGAGAUACAAGUGCUGGUGCUGGUAAUACACCGGAUACAACCUCGCCAACGGGCACUGUAGCGCUUGAAGCUCAUGUUGAGGUCGAAGGAGGUUCAGCGGAAGAGCAUCCGGGCGAUCAAGCUGUCGAGGCCUACCUGCUACGAAAUGCCCGCAAUGGAAAAAAGUUCAGCUCUAUGAUGGGCCGCAUUGCAAAGCGUCUUCCAUCCCCGACAGGCUUAGAUCAUGAGGCGUCGGAAGCACAGGUAUCAGACUCAACCUCGCUAUUGCCAACUACCCUGCGCGCAGCGGUUAGGCUUUUUCCUGAGGUAAAGCAUAUUACCGAGGAGUUCCAAGAAUUCAGCGUCGCUAUCGAUAUUGAGGGUGUUCUACACCACAGAAAGCUUCUACCUGAUACCGGGAUUGAUGUGAUCUUUGUGGUAGACAACAGCUACUAUGUCACUGCAGCCUGUCUCAAGAGGUCAUUGGACGCCGUCAACGGAGCCUUGUAUCAUCUUGGCUGCGGAGAUCGCCUGGCUCUAUACACCACUCACUGCACCCACCGUGAUGUCACAGGGAACAGGCCAGAGGUACUGUAUCCACUUCAACCCGUCUGUGCGGAUGUCGACGAGAUGUUCCAGGAGUUGACUUCUAGGAUCGCACAGUCGGGUUCGCAACUCUGGGAUCCGCCUCGACCCAACCCCUCUAUGACCGACGUCAUCCUUGGCAUAGCUAGAUCUAUGCAUGGCAAACACCUGAAGGCUGAUCGUACUCAUGUCAUCGUGCUGUCUCCUGCGGCUCACGUUCUACACGACGUGUCGAAGUCUUUUCCGGGUCUUUACAUUCAUCGCAUCAACCCUGCACUGCUCCCUUACCGUCGCGAGCCAGAGUUGCAGGAUACUAUCUGCCUUGGAGAUUGCUGCAGGAAUGUGUUCGCCAGUAACUGGUGCAAAUACCAAUCCACGUCUGGUCGCAUCAAGCGUAUCAUGAAGAAUGCUCGCUCUGAAAAACCCGUUGGCGAGCUGGCUGAUUUGAGCAUUGACAUCCGGACCAAGCCAGGCUGUGAGCUCCUGGGUUCCUACGGACGCAAGAAGAUCCCUCAGUUGUUCCCGGGGCAAUUACACACCCUCUUUGCUCGUAUUCGCAUCAACAAGGCUGAGACUCAGAGCGUCAAGCUUAACUCCGACAACUCCAUCCUCAACUCAAGCCUAGACGCCAAUGGACUGAGACAGGAGCUGUUGAACGCUGUUCAUGUAGGUGCAACUAAGGUACAUCUUCUCGACGUGCAGGUACUACAUCGUAACUCACUUCAUGAUGUGCGAUCUUGGAUGUACACGGAGGCACCACUAAUCCUCACACGCGAGCUCGGCGGCCUGGCGCCCCUCCAGGUCACAUCCAUAGAGUUCUACAAGCGUCAGCUUUUCUACGACCUUACUCAAGGGUCGGUAGAUAUGGCUAAAGUCGUGGCUGAAAACACUCUUAGUGCCCUCCCUCAGUAUCAUGAACAAGCAAAGAUGCUGCUUGACUGCAUGUCACAAGAGAUCGAGUGUCACUUGACGAUUCGCGAGUAUGAGAAGAAACAACGACAGAGGCUCCCAUUGUGCCCCGGUCCCAUCGAGAUCGAGGGAUCCCACGAGUGGCUUGACGAUGUGUGGGCGCGCAAGAAGAACAAGCGCAGCGGCAUAGAUCUGGCUUGA